AUGGCAAAUUCCCUAAAUUUCAUCAUAUCCCUCUUCCCCCUACGUCACACACUCUCUUUCUCUUCCUCCCAACCCCAAGGCUUGUUUGGCUUUGUGCAUCCCUAUAUCACCACAUUACAUCAAAGCAAUGUCUGCUGCAGUCGCUCCGGCUGUAUCGACUCUCCGAAUGUCUUCUUCCCCAAUGGACUCGAAGAAGUCGGAAAAAGAAGCCCCAAACACGAUCUCAGAACCGCAGUGGUACCUAUUUGCGAUCGCAUUAAGUCUUGGCGUCCUUUAGCUAACUCACUUGCUCCAUUGCUAGACUCGCAGGUCGCGUCUUCCAAGGACCAAAAGACCAACCCAGAGCCCCAGACCUCGUUGGCGCCACCUCCGCGACCGGGUGCGCCUACUGCGUCUGAUACCCCAGACUACUUCAGCUCCAUGCACAACCCCUUCUCACUGGAGCCCAAUCCGUUUGAACAGUCCUUCAGUGGUGACCCAUCAAGCGAGACUCCAGGUAAAUCAUUGCUGCCCUCAGUGGCUGCCCUCACCUCCCCGGCGAUACCGGGAUCCAACCAGGGCAACGGGUACAAUUGGUCCAACUCGCUGCGCUCGGGUCCCCUGAGCCCGGCGAUGCUUCCCGGACCGACUGGCGGCAACGACUACUUUGACAGUAUCGGUCGCGGUUUCCCUACUCCAAACGAGUCCUCCCUCCGCACAGGAUUGACUCCCGGCGGCGGUGGUUCCAUGUUCCCUGCACCUAGUCCCAACUCACAGGCUUUGUUGCAUCAGCUUCAAAACGGAGGCGCGACUCCCUCAACCAUUGAUUUCCACCGCACGGCCCUCGCAGCGAAGAAGAACAACGCGAAUGCCCCUACCUCUAACCCCAACGAGCAAGAACAAAGUAAUGCCAAUAACAUGGACGUAAAACCCGCUCGCCCAGCCGACUUUACUCAGCACGACGCCGCGGAUGCGGCCAAUGGUCUUUUCAUGUUGGCCAAAGGUGGACAAGCGAACGCGCCAAUAAACCAGGUCUCAAUGCAGAAUGAUAGUCGCGCUGCGGCUGCCCGACGUGUGUCCCAAAACACCAACGGCACUAGUGGGGACGAUGUGUCUGAUGAGGAACCUGCCAAGCCCGCCAAGGGCAAGGGCAAGAAGAAUGCACCCAAGGCCCCUGCUGGUAAUAACCGCCGUAAGGCUGAAGAGCCCCCUAAGGGCGCCAACAAACGGACAAAGAUGAGCAUGGAAAUGCCAUCAGAUCUGGAAGAAGAUGAUGACGAUGAUGACAUGAAGAAGUUCCCUAUGGAUACAAAGAAGAUGACUGAUGAGGAGAAGCGACGCAACUUUUUGGAGCGAAACCGUGUCGCCGCUCUCAAGUGUCGUCAGCGCAAGAAGCAGUGGUUGGCCAACCUUCAGGCUAAGGUUGAGCUCUUCACUACUGAGAACGAUGCCCUUACUGCCACUGUAACCCAGCUUCGUGAGGAAAUUGUCAACCUCAAGACCCUCCUGCUGGCCCAUAAGGACUGCCCAGUAUCUCAAGCCCAGGGCCUGGGGCCCUUGAUGAUGAACGGUAUGGGAUCUGGGUACGAGCACCAUGGUUAUAACAUGCCUCCCAACAUGGGCAUGCAACAAGGUGGAAUUCCCACGCAAGGCAUGCGUCGCUGA